AUGACCAUUAGAAAGUACCACUGCGCUUUCGUUUGCCUCCUCAUCUUCGGGAUGGUAAAGAAUAUGUCUGUUGAAUACAGAAGACACCACAUGCGUGAUGUAACGGCGAGAAGAAAACAUCGAACUGCUCGUAAUGAUUGUGGGGAGGAGGGAGGCAGUCUAAUUUGGUUCCAAGGUAGGGUUUUGCGUGGGGCGUCUACUGAGAUGCUCAGGGGGGAGGGACUUGAAACGGGGGUCCAUUCUUCUUCGAUGUCUUCCGCGUCGCCGUCUUCCCCCCCACAAGUUGAUCACCUUCUCCAAGAUGAUUCACACAACAUGGAUGAAAUGAUAACAAAAUUGAGAGAAAAAAAAAUGAUUAUAAAAUUUAAACAAGAAGAAAACGCAUUGCAGUCUGCUCUUGUUGAAGAAAACACCGUAAACCUAUUAGGAUCAUGUGGGAGAGUGAAGAAGCUGAAUCACAUACACCUUUACCUGUAUGAGGUUUUCUCAAACAUCAACGAGAGAGCGCUAAAGAAUUGCUUGCAACUGUUGAGCAGUGAGCAUAUGUUGGUCGAAGAGGAUUUCCAGAUACAUCCCGUCGAGGGGGGAGGUUGCGGGAGCGGUAUGGAUGACCUUAUCCCUAUUAAAGAGAUGGGCGGGAUUAGGGGGGAGGCUCCCGUUAGAAAUGGAAACAGUCUACGUAGACACCCUGGCAGUGAUGGCAGCUUUCAACUGAGCAACCAGAUGGCGUUUAAUAAUUUUUUGAAAAGACUCCAAAGUAACCGGAAGGGGACAAAUAUCAUUAAGGGGUACGACCAAACGAGGAUGAAGGAAGGCACGGAGUUGUCGGAACCUCAUGAACAGAACGAUGUAAACGUGUGCAUCGUCGAUACCGGGGUCGACUACAAUCACCGAGAUUUGCAUGACAACGUUGUACAUGUACUUCAUGGACGGGAUGUGAUAUUGGACCAGAAGGAAAAUGACGAAAAUCGGAGCGCAGAGAAGGAAUGUGAUCGGGUUGAUGGAGAUGACGGUCCAGAUGGAAUGGAUAACCACGGGCACGGGACAUUCAUAGCGGGCAUAAUUGCAGGAAAUUCAAAGAGAGAAAACCACGGAAUUAAAGGAAUUUGUAAGAGAGCUAAACUAACCAUAUGUAAAGCGCUCAACAGUAAAAACGCAGGUUUCGUUAGUGAUAUUUUAAAGUGCUUUAAUUUCUGUGCAUCGAAAGAGGCAAAAAUUAUUAAUGCGAGUUUUGCCAGUACAAAGAAUUAUUUAUCGUUAUUUGAAGCUUUGAAGACCUUGGAGGAAAAAAAUAUUUUAGUCGUUUCAUCAUCCGGGAAUUGUUGUCCUACGUCAGAAUCGAAGAACGCAUUUCCGGAAUGUAAUUUAGACGUGAAGAAGGUGUACCCUACCGCUUAUUCUAAGAAGCUACGUAACCUUAUCACCGUUUCGAAUAUGAUUCAGAAGAAAAAUGCGCAAGUUUCCUUAUCUCCUGAUUCUUGCUAUAGCGCCAAAUAUGUCCAUUUGGCUGCACCCGGGGAUAACAUAAUUUCUACCUUCCCAAAGAACAGGUAUGCCAUCAGUAGCGGUUCCUCUUUCUCUGCCGCUGUCGUUACUGGCUUAGCUUCGCUCGUGCUAUCAAUCAAUGGUAGUUUGAGGAUCGAGGAGGUGAUUCGCCUUUUGCGUGAGUCCAUUGUGCAAACGGAGUCGCUCCGCAAUAAGGUGAAGUGGGGGGGGUUCCUGGACGUGCACCACUUGGUUAGCUCGACCAUUGCGCUUUCCCACGGGAGGACGGAAAUAGCCAAGGAAUGA